AUGCCUCUCGGUAGCGAGCUGGUGUGCUGGCCUGACAGCCUGAGCACAGGGGCACAGCAUCUCACAGGGGGUUUGGGCUCAGAGAUGGGGCAGCAGGGGCAGAGGGGCCGCAGAGGAGAUGUGGGAGCUUUCUGGCUUAAAUCAACGAGGGGCAAAAACCCAGCCCAGCCUGCUGAUGGCAGCUCCUCCUCUCCCUUUCUCCCUCUCUCUGUCUCUGUGAUUCCAGCUCCUCUGUCUUAUUUUUAGUAGCCUUCAUCCUCCAAAAGCAGGUUGAGUCCUCUUCUCUCUGAAUAUGUAGGCCUGUGCCCUGGGCUCACCGUCGUUCACCCAGUUCACCAGCUCCUCCACUAUACCUCACAAAGCUAUUCUGGUGCUGGUGCUGAUGCUGAUGCUGCGUUGUGGCUACCUGCUGGGGAACAGCUAA